AUGGACAUUAUUUAGCAAAUUGAUUAAUUGUAAGCAAAAUUAAAUAUCUAGCAAUACAAGGAUAGUCAUGUUGAUCUUAAUUAGAUAGAUGAUAAAUAAUUCAAUAUCAUUUAGUUCUUAAGGCAUAAUUUUUUGAAAGAUCCUAAGGAUAAUGAUGUAGAGCUUGAUAUGGAAAAAAUUAAUAAUACAAUUAGUUAUAUUUACGAGUUGUAAAGAGAAACAUGUGAAUAAAUUGCCAUUUCAGUUGAUAUGAAUCUUGAUAAGUAUGUAGCUAUUAGUAAAAAAUUUGAUGAUAUGAAGGAUUACUUUUCAAAAACGGAUAAUCUUUACAACCAAAUUGCCAGUGAAAUGAAGAUUUCAAGAGAUGCAUGUACUUAAAAAAUUGAAAACGUUAAUGAAACUCUUGAGAAUUAUCAGUAUAUUUGCAACUUAGAAGAUAAUUUAAAGAUUUUAGAAAAAAUUGUUGCCCUUUUAAAGGAUAUAGAUGCAGGAAUUUUGCAAAUUAAAAAAAGUAGUUCAUUUUAAGGAUUUAAAAUAUUGAAUGCAUGCAAGUAGUUGAACACAUCUAAAAAAAUAUACAAAGAAAAAAUAGAAAUUGCUCUUCAAACAAGAGAAUUAUCCUAAAAAUAUAAGCUUGUUUAGCAAAUUAAUGACAUGUUUGUUUCAUUAUCAACUGAAAUAGAUAAGUAGUUUAGAUCUCUUCUGACUGGUUAUUUGGAAAAUAAACAACUAUUUUAAGAAGAUCCAAACAAAAAAAGACAACUUUCUGUAUUUCUUUCAGCAUUCUCUUCAUUAUCUAGCAAGUAAACUGCUGAAAAGUCUAUUUAGGAUAUUAUAAUAAAACCCUACUUUUAGAAAGUUUUUAAACAAAUGGCUGAGUGUAAAAAGAAUAUAGUAGUGGCAACAAAGUAAGAAUAUUUGCAAUAAUCAUAGAAUAUGAAAGUAGGUCCAUUCUAAAUACUAUAAAGCAAUCUUUCAACUUUUAUUUAACAAAUAUAUACUCCUUUAUUAAAUCUAAUUUAAUACUCUUAAGAAGAGAAUAGCUAGUAAGAAGAUGAGGAGUUUUACAAUUACAACAUAUAUGGAUAUGAUAUAAUAAAAGUUUUACUCGAUACAAUUUGUGAAUUUUUUAAAGCUGAUGACAUGAAUUUCAUCUUCUCUUUUGGCUCAAGUGACAUAUUCUUCUAGAAUUAUACAAGCUUUUAACAAAUUCUAAUUGAGAUAAAAUAAUUAUAUCAAGAUGAAAAUAAAAUCAAAGAAUCUUGUUUUGAAAAUGAAAAAAAAAUUCAAGAAAAAUGGAAUGUAAAAACAUAUUUUUAUAUAAGAUAGUAGGAAAUAGUAAAGGAAUUUGAAUCUAAACUCUCUAAUAUAAUUUCAAACCCAAUAUAAAUUAAUUCAUUUUAUUAAUUACUUACUGAUUAAGUAAUGAAAUGCUUUGAUGAAAAUAUUAUAUUUAUUAAGAGAGCCUCAGCUCUAUUCUUAAAGUUAAGUUUAUAAUUGAUAGCAAGAUUCUCAGCUAAAGUUCAGUAGUUCACUUCCUAGGAAACCAGCAAAUAGUAUUAAAAUGAGAUAGUUGACGAUCUUUGCAGAUUAGAGUCUCAUCUACCUGAUUACUAUAAAACAGUUGUGUACUCUAAAUUUAACUAAGAAUCAUAAAAAGAUUUAUUUAAUUAAAUUGUUUUAGAAGUAAAAAAAAUUCUUAGAACUGCUGCCUCAGCUUAUUUAGAUUCAAAGAUAUAUUAAUCUAAGACAAAAGCACUUAAUAAUAGUUGA